AUGCCGGGCCUCACGGCGCCCACCACAACGCUUCGGGCCGUCACGGCAGCGGACCGUUCCGCCAAACCACUUCCUCUUCCUGGAGAGUUUCCCACCAGUUUCCCCGCUCAUCACCCCGAGGCCCCAGACAAGGAGCCUCCCAUUAAAGACAACGAUUUAAACAACAACGCCGAAAUCACUGACAGCGAAGGAAACAUUGACACAGAAGGUGGAGCCUUAUCGACAGAAGGCGAAUCCAUCGGCUCUGAGGUCGGACUCCUCGUUGGCGUGGCCUGUGGCAGCGUCCUCCUCCUAUUGGUCGUCGUGGUCCUACUGACCGUGGCGUGGCGGUACCACGGGCGCCACGCCAAGCCGGACGCCACCUCCCUGUCCCUCAACACCAUGGCCAUGCCCAAGAGAGACAGCUACGGAGGGAGUAGCGAUGACAUCCGGUCAGAGCCCAGCGACACGGUGUUUCCUCUGAGGCCCUCUGACUCCAUGUUCUGUCGGCACCACGGGAGGGUCAGCGGCGACUACAGACAUCCUGUUUAUAUGGUACAGGAGAUGCCUCCACAGAGUCCUACUAAUGUAUACUACAAGGUCUGA